AUGAGCGCCAACGCUUCUACGAUUUUUUGGCAAGAUCGGGAAAUACGUUUUGACUCGAAUGUGGAGGCUGGAGAAUUAAAUUUGAGAAAGGGAGAGUUUGAAAUUGAUGUUUUGGAAAAUGUCGAAGAUACGAAAGGAAAUAACGGAGAGAAAGGGAGAUGCGUCAUUACCAAUUUACGAUUGAUUUGGAUCUGUUCGAGAAAUCCAAAAAUUAAUUUGAGCAUUGGAUACAACACAAUGGUCAAUAUCAAAAUUCAGACUGGUUCUAGUCGAUUGAAAGGAUCCACUCAAGCUUUGUAUUUAUUAACAAAAUAUCAUGGCUCAAGAUUUGAAUUUAUUUUUUCAAACAUGGUAAAAUCAAAUCCUCGCCUGUUUUCCACCAUUCAGGCCGUUUUUAAGGCCUAUCAAUCAAGCAAAAUGUACAGAGAAAUACGACUGAGAUCUGCAAUUAUUAAGAAUAAGCAUUUAGAUUUGUUACCAAAAGAACAGGUGUAUACUACUUUGAGUGGAGUUUGGAAUUUAAGUGCAGAGCAAGGAAAUUUAGGAACUUUCAUUGUGACCAACGUACGAGUGGUGUGGUUUGCAGAUCUUGCAGAAAAUUUCAAUGUUUCAAUUCCUUUCCUUCAAAUUAAAAAUGUUUCCUUUAGAGAUUCAAAAUUUGGGAAAGCAUUUGUAAUUGAGACCAACAGAAGCUCUGGAAGAGAAUUUGUUUUGGGAUUUAAGGUUGAUCCACUUGAGAGAUUGAAUGAAUUGUUCAAAGAAGUCUCAUCCCUUCACCAGCUCUUCACAGACAAUCCCAUACUUGGAGUGGAAUACCAACCAGAAGAAAAACAGGCCAGUCUCGAACAAUUAAUGGUUCCCAAAACCACAGAGAGCAUUAAAUAUGUUGGAAACAAGGACACGAGUGAUCCAUUAGCUCCUUACUAUAUUGACAGCUCUGAUAAAUCCAGUACCACAUCGAUUGGAUUCAGCGAGGAAUUGGGUUUAGCUUGCGAGGAGCUGAAAGACGGUAUGACCAUCAAGAAAUUGUGGCAAUGCAUUUACAAAGUGUAA